AUGGUUUUAGCAUUUCCCAAAGCACCACUAACGCCAAAAGAAGAUCCAUUCUAUAUUGCACCAGAUAAUUUGGAAAAUUAUAAACUUGGAGAUAUAAUAAGAUCUAGAAAUACUCCAACUAAGGUAAGAAGUAUAUUCGUUCCUUUAAAUUUGAAGUAUUCAUGGCAAUUACUUGUAAGAUCCGAAGAUUCAUUUGGUAAUCCAAAUGCAUUUGUUACAACUAUAAUGGAACCAUAUAAUGCUGAUCCCAAAAAAAUUGUAAGUUAUCAAACUUUUGAAGAUAGUGCUGAUUUAAAUUGUUCACCUUCAUAUGGAUUUUUAUUUGGUGCUUCAAUUGCUACAAUUGCAACUCAAAUUGAAAUGACUUCUAUUACUUUAGCUUUACAAAAGGGUUAUUAUGUAGUUUCACCAGAUUAUGAAGGAUAUAAAUCGGCUUUUGCUGCUGGUAGACAAGCAGGAUAUGCAACAUUAAAUUCAAUUCGUGCAAUAUUAAAUACUAAAAAAUUAACAGGAAUAGAUCCAGAUGCAAAAGUAGCACUACUAGGUUAUUCUGGGGGUAGUAUCGCAUCAAGUUGGGCUAAUGUAUUAUUAAAUUCUUAUGCACCUGAAAUUGAAGAAAAUAUUAUUGGUACUGUAUUAGGUGGAUUUGUUACAAAUAUUAAAUCAAUAGCAGAAAGUGUUGAUGGAGGACUAGUUGCUGGUUUAAUUCCAGUUGCUUUAACUGGAUUGGGAAAUGAAUAUCCUGAAUUCAAAUCUGCUAUAGAAAAAGAAAUUGAUCAUGACAAGGAUAUCUAUUUAAAAUACGCAGGUCAAGUUGGUCUUGCCGGAGCAGUUUUAAAAUAUUUUGGUCAUCGUUUUCUAAGUGGUAAAAAUCCACUUAUACCAAGAGGAUUAGAUGUAUUGAAUGAACCUACAAUUGAUCGUAUACUUAAAGAAAAUUCAUUAUUAUAUCUAGAUACUUCAAAAUUUAAACCAACAACUCCAAUUUUUAUUUAUCAUGGUAAAUUAGAUCAUAUUGUUCCUAUAAAAGAUGUUAAAAAAAUUUAUCAACUAUGGAGUGAUGCAGGAGUUCCUUCUUUAGAAUUUGCAGAGGAUUUAUUGAAUGGUCAUAUAACAGAAGCUGUUAUAGGAGCUCCUGCUGCUUGGACAUGGAUAGAAAAUAGAUUUAAUGGUAUACCACCAAUAAAAGGAUGUUCACACACAUCAAGGGCAGAGAAUAUUUUAUAUCCCAACGUUUCAAAAGCUACUUUUGAAUAUUUCAAAGGUCUUAUAAAAGCUAUUACUUUUGCUAAGAUUGGUUAUAGAGGUUUAUCAACUGAUAAUAUUUCGAUUUCUGCAUUUAAAGAACUUUUGGGAAAACUUGAAAGUUAUUUUAGUAAAGAUCAAUAA